AUGCUCGGCCGUUUAUUUCCUUCAUUUUUCCUUGUAAUUAUCCAAACCCUUUCGUUAAUCUACCCAUCAAUCUCCCAUGCACCACCCCCCUUUAACGUCUCCCGCUUCCUCUUCCCCAAAUCCACUUCGCUUACCGAAUCACAGAUUUUCCAGCACCCACCUAAUUUCUUGCAGGGUGUUUUGGAUGCUAUAGUGGAUAAAGAGAAAUGGGCUUUGGAAGAUAUUCAGGUUUCAAAAUUGGAUGUGAGAAAAGCCAAAUACGGGUCAAUGCGCAAAUAUGAAUUCCGGUUUCGGGUCAGGAAGAAUGAAAUUUUACUCAAAUUGUAUGACCAAGUGUCAGAAUGGAAGAAAUUGGAGGGACUAAUGGUAAAUGAAACAUCAAUUUUUGAGUCUCUAGUCAGGGGAGUUGGGUCAAAGGCUGUCAUUGAUAGUUUCAGAAUUGAAGGCCCUUUUGAACUGCGAGUUACUGGAAUUGAUGAUCAGCUUUCACUCAUGUUACCGAUAAACACUUCGCACAUUGGUUUGAGACGAUUAUUAGUUGGCAAGGGAAUCACUGUAGAAGUAAAAGGUGCUGAAGAAAUUUCUCUGUUUCAUGUGUCUGAGCGUCAUCAACCCAUGUAUGGUGCCAUGACCCACAAGGAAAAGAACAAGUCUGAAUUUAUUUGGCCUGCAUUAUGUGCAGCAUUAUCACCUGUACGCAUUCGGGGGUCUGCAUCAGUGGUUGCUUACAGAACUCGGAACCCUUCUGCACGUAUUGAAACUGUUUUUCCCUCCGGAAAUGCAGUUGAAUUGUUACCAGAAAGCUGUUACGUUUGGCCAAAUUACAAGAAGACUAGCUCUUUGUUUAGUUCUGUAGAUAUUAAAGUAGCCUUUCUGGAAAAAGUUGUGAAGAGUUUAUCACGUGAGAGAGCCAGCCCAAAUGCUCUAAAAGUAAAAAUCAGAGAGUUGUCUAUGUUUCGCUUCCAGUUGGAGGUGGAGAGAAAAAUCAGAAGCAAUGAUGCUUACUGGAGUAAAGUAGCCGAGUGGAGAACAAAGCCUAGUGUUGAACGAUCAUUGUUUGAUGUGGUGGCAAGAAUAGAAGGAGACGUUCUGAUACCCAUUGUGGUUAAAAAGGUUAGACCUUUUAUUGAAGUGGAUUCAUUUGCUUGGAGCAAUUUAUUAUCAAAUAUUUCUUUCACAAAGUUUCCACCUGCCCUUGUCCCUCCCGAGGCAUUGACACUGGACGUGAAAUGGUAG